AUGCCUUUAGGGGCAAAUAUCCAUAGUCUUUUAGAGUUUUUGUAUUAUUUUUGUGUACUAUGGAUUUAUCCACUUCAUUUUAUUUCUACGAAAGUUUAUUCAGAAGGUGUUGAACUUGUGAAGAGUAAACUUAACCACAUGGAACCUGAGCCUGUUCAAAUCUCAGCAGAUUCUUUGCUGCGUGGCGCUUUUGAUCAAAAGGCGCCCAUAAAGCCAACCACUAAAGUCGAAAUCCUUGAUUUAGAGGAGCUUAAGGAGUAUCAGCGGCGCAAGAGGUCAGAGUUCGAAAACGUUCUCAAGGUCAAACGACAUGACAUUAAGCAGUGGGCCCGGUAUGCCAAAUUUGAGCUUGACCAGCGUGAUAUGAGGAGAGCAAGAUCCGUUUUCGAGAGGGCCUUGCAAAUUAACAACGCCUAUGUGCCAUUAUGGAUCAAAUAUAUCGACUCAGAACUCAAAGCUAGAAAUGUGAACCAUGCGCGAAAUCUUCUCAAUCGCGCCACUAACCUUUUGCCCCGGGUUGGCAAGCUCUGGCUGAAGUAUGUGAUAGUGGAAGAAUCACUCAAUAACACGGACAUUGUUCGACAACUUUUUGCUAAAUGGUGUUCCCUGGGGCCUGGAAAGAACGCAUUUGACGCCUACGUGGACUUCGAGAUAAGGCACGGAAAUUUUGAAAAUGUACGAAAAGUUUACGGACGUUAUGUGCUAGCUCACCCAGAGAUUUCAACAUGGUUGAAAUGGGUGGCGUUUGAGAAAAAACAUGGCGAUUCUGAUACCACUCGGCAGGUGUUAUCUCUGGGUUUAGAUACUUUUUCUCUUUAUGAGAUAUCGAAAGACUCCGACAUAGCAUCCCUUGUGGGCGCAUAUGCAGAAUGGGAGGCAACUCAGCAAGAGUAUGAGCGCUCUAGCGCCUUGUUCGACCUGGCGUCUCAAAGAUGGCCGCAUAAUGGAGAUUUAGAGAGGAGAAGAGUCCAAUUCGAAAAAAUGUAUGGGACUAGCACAAAUGUUAAUGACUCCAUUACUUCAAAGAGGAAAAGGGAAUACGAAAUUGCUCUCUCAAAUGACCCAAAAGACUACGACACAUGGUGGAUUUACCUAGAUCUCUUACAAAAGCACUAUCCGAAUCAAGCGAUACCAGGGUUUCAUAAAUCUGUUACAGGUAACGCUCCGGACGGGAAAGUCAAAAACCUAUCUUGGGAAAGAUAUAUCUAUCUAUGGCUAAGGUGUUUGACUUAUUUUGAACUUGACGUUAGUGAUCUGAAGGAGACGCGUCGCAUGUACAAGCGACUGAUAAAAGAAGUAAUACCUCACAAAUCUUUCACAUUUGCCAAAGUUUGGGUAAUGUAUGCAAAGUUCGAACUGCGGCAAGGCGAUAUCAUGACGGCUCGCAAAAUUCUCGGACAGGCCUUGGGAAUUUGCCCAAAAAAUAAGAUUUUUAAGUAUUAUAUUGAGCUUGAGAUACAGCUUAAGGAAUUUGAUCGAGUCCGAAAGAUAUAUGAGCAAUAUAUUGCCUUCAACGCCUUAGAGUCCGAUAACUGGCUGGCAUAUGCAGAACUGGAAGACAACUUAGGUGACGAAGAAAGAGCUCGUGGUAUUUUUCACAUCGCUCUGUCAGAUAAGGUGGGUCUCGAUACCAACGAACGUUUUAAGAUACUUGAACAACUUAUAACGUUCGAAACAAACGCAGGUGAAUACGCGAAAGCGCGACAGGCGUACGAUGCGUUGGUGCAGCUCAGUGGGUAUUCCCCGACAACAUAUAUUGAAAGGGCUAUGUUCGAAAGCACAAUACCAGCAGACAACCUUUCUAAGGACGACCAGUCUCAAAAUAUGGCGGAAGGUGAUGAAGAUGAACCCCUUGAUGUCACCGAAGCCAACAAGCGAAAUUCGAGGUCAAUUUUCAACAAGGCCUUGGACUUCUAUAAGGAACAAGGCGAUAAAGAGAGCAGGUGUGCCAUGCUAAGAGCACUGAACAGCUAUGAAGCUGUUCACGGCACGGUGCAAACUAGGGAAGCUGCUAGAAAAAGGCUUCCCAAGCGGAGGACACUCACAAAGCGAGAAAACAAUGUUGAAGUUGAGUAUACUGAUUAUGAAUUCCCGGAGGAUGAAGAAGGAGAGGUUGGCUUUUCAAACAAUGAUAAACUUUUAGCCUUAGCUCAAAAGUGGAAGCAAGGGAACACUUAA